AUGAGAACUCCAGGAUUCAGUGGUGCAGACCUAGCAAACCUCAUGAAUGAAGCUGCCAUUCUUGCUGGUCGAAGGGGCAAAGAUAAGAUCACAAUCAAAGAAAUUGAUGACUCCAUAGAUCGCAUUGUGGCAGGCAUGGAAGGAACCAAGAUGACUGAUGGCAGGAGCAAAAUUCUUGUAGCUUACCAUGAAAUUGGACAUGCUGUUUGUGCGACACUGACCCCAGGGCAUGAUCCAGUACAGAAAGUCACUCUAGUUCCCAGAGGCCAAGCCCGGGGUUUAACAUGGUUCAUACCAGGUGAAGAUCCUUCUCUCGUCUCUAAGAACCAACUUUUUGCUAGAAUAAUCGGAGGCUUAGGGGGAAGAGCAGCAGAGGAAGUCAUAUUUGGUGAAACUGAGAUAACCACUGGAGCUGCUGGGGACUUGCAACAAAUUACACAAAUAGCAAGACAGAUGGUAACAGUGUUUGGCAUGUCAGAGAUAGGACCAUGGGCAUUGAUUGAUCCUGCAGUGCAAAGUAGUGAUGUGGUGCUUAGGAUGAUGGCUAGGAACUCAAUGUCAGAGAAACUAGCUGAAGACAUUGAUAACUCAGUGAGGCAGAUAAUAGAGGCAGCUUAUGAAAUUGCAAAAAAUCACAUUAGGAAUAACCGUGAUGCAAUUGACAAAUUAGUGGAUGUGCUACUCGAGAAGGAGACCCUUACUGGAGAUGAAUUCAGAGCCAUAUUGUCAGAAUUCACGGAUAUUUCUUCAAUUAAGAUAGAUAGAACCUCUGUGUGGGAAAUGAUCGAAGCAUGA